UCAGGGAGAAUCAUCGUCUUUCCCCGGUUUUCGGGAUCACCGAGUUUCCACCCCGUUCUUCAGGGAACACGAUUAUUGCUCUGAUCUGUGCAGCUGUAGCAGCCUGGGCUCCAAGGAGUUAAGGCGCUGCCGAGUCCCAAACACUGAUAAGGAGCAGGAUAGAACAGGAUGUGGCUGGGAAGGGGGGCACGGGAGAUAGGGCAGCGCUGUUCCCGAGGCCAGCCUCCUCCUCCGGGCCCGGAGACACAGCAAACCCCGCACGAGGGCGGCGUAGGAGCCGUCGGGGAGCUCGGCACAGGGGGAUCAGGACCACCGAAGCCCCUCCGACCCUUUUCCAGAAAGGUCCGGGAGGCGGGAUCGCGCACGCUGCCUGAUUUGCAUGGGAAGUGGGAAACCUGAUCCUGGGGCGGGGAAAACUUACCCGUAAAAAGGUGCCCCCGCAGCGCCCAGGUGGCACCGCCGGGACCCUGGACACCUUGGGCACAGGGAUCGACGGUGGAACCGGGACUGAUUGUUGAGCUGGAGCAGCUGGGGCAGCCUUGGCUCCUUUCCAUGGGGAGCUCCGUGUCCCUGGAAACUCAGCGCCACGUUUCCCCUGGGUCACCUCAGCUCUUCCUCUGCACCAAAACCACGUUUCUUUUCAGAUGAAUUUAGGCCUGUUUAACCCCGAAGUUGAUCAGGAACUCCCCAGCCCCUCCUCCUGGUGUGGCUUUCUCGGGAUCUGCUCCCGGGGCGAUGGUUUAUUGCGCGGCCCUGAACUGCCGGAACGCCACGAGCGGCGCCCGCAAGAACAGCUCCGUGACUUUUCAUGGAUUCCCUCUGCAAAACGAGGCUCUCCUGAAGCAGUGGAUCCAGAACAUGGGCAGGGACAUGGGAACCCCCUCCAGGUACGAGCGCCUGUGCUCGGCUCACUUCGAGGAGAGCUCCUUCCAGGGGGAUCCCCUGAAAAUCCGCAGGAGGCGGCGGCUGCUGAAGGAGGCUGUUCCCAACAAAUUCAUCCUGGGGCAAGAUGGGAACUGGCUCGUGGGGACACCCCAGGGCUUCUGUGAUGGGAUGAGGAAUAAAACUCGGAAGCGAAUCCGGAAUCCCGAGCACCAGAGGGUCCCUGGGAAGUGUCCCAAUGGUGCUAAGAGGCCGACUUUGGAGGAUUGGCAGAAUGAAUUUUGCAAGACAAUCCUAAAGGAGGGUUACAGAUCUUUAGCCAUGUUCAGAAAAGGCCGUGGUGGUGCCAUGAUCAGAUCCCAGCAGCAGAGUGCAGAAAACACACAAGUUCGUGGAUCACCCUCAGGAGGAUCCCAAAACCAGCGAUGGAACGUUUCGGACAAGGGGGAAACACGGGAGAGCCACCAGAGUUCAACAGACCAGGCAAAGCCCCCGGGAAACAGGAGAGGCAGCAGCUUCCCUGCAGGAGGACAACUCGACGGGUUCAGACAGUUCCUUUUCCAGCAGCAGGCCCACCCCAAGGCGUCCGAGGUGCCGUGGUUCAUCUGCACGGAGUGCGGGAAGAGCUUUGCCCGGCACACGUACCUGCUCCGGCACCGCAGGGUCCACUCGGGGCUCAGGCCACACACCUGCCUGGAGUGUGGCAAGAGCUUCCUGGAGAAACCCAAGCUCACCAACCACUGGAGAACGCAUUUUCACAUAGUCUACGUGCCAAAUGAUUUCCUGGGAUAGGUUUUCCCGUUCGGUUGUUGAAAAUCCCCCUCAGUCCAGGGGCGGUGGUUUGUUGUCCUGUGUGGAUUACAGGGAUAAGGCACUUCGCCUAAAUUUAAUCAAAUUCGAGUUCCAAAGGCUUCUGCUUGGUGCCAGUCUAAUAAUCAUUGAUUAGGACCCGAUUCUAGUUAGUGGCUGGAUAAUUCCUGUCGUGCUC